AUGAACAAGUCAAUAUUGUUGGUGGUGGUUUUGAGUUUGGUGAUAGGGGUGACAAUGGCUGAGCUUGAAAGCGAGAAGCAAUACGGGCCGUGCGGGAAGUUCAGCACACAGAGGAUACUCACUCAUAAGCUCAGCCACUGCGAGAAACCAGCAAGAAACUUGUACGCACCCGUGUCUAGGCAGUGUUGCCAGGACCUUCAAAACGUCUCCUUCCAAUGCCUCGUUACCGUCUUCAGUUCCGAUGCCUUCACCAAAAUCGGUGUCGACCCACACGUCGCCAUGACCAUCCCCUCUCGCUGCCACCACGCCUAUCAUGACAACCCCUAA